GGGGAAAGUUCUGGUUUUACACAAAAGCUCAGAAGGAGCAGAAAGAGGGACAGAUGUUGGACAGCUGAAGGAUACAGGCAAAAGGGGGGGAAAAGAGACCAGCACUGGUGAGGAUAGUUAUUUUUGGAUGAGGAAAUGGAACUGAGAGAAAAAGGACGAGAUUGACAGGGAAAAAUGUACCCAGAAGCACCUGACCAUUGGAAACCUGAGCUGUAGCGAAAUGUCUUCCGAAUACCCAAAGGAGAAGGAAAUUGAACCACUCAGCCAUUUUGACAAGGUGGAACAGCAAGAGUCACUGCUUGCCCUGAAGGAUGUGAUGAUCAGCAACUUGGUAUCUCGAAUCCAUGCCCUGGAACACACCACAUACGAUGGGUGCUUCCUCUGGAAGAUCCCUGAGGUGGGGCUUCGGAUUCAGGAAGCACAAACGGGAAGCCGGAGAGCACUUUAUUCCCCUGCAUUCUACACCAGUCGCUACGGUUACAAAGUCUGCCUCAAGCUCUUCCUGAAUGGAGACGGCACAGGAUCUGGAACCCACCUCUCUCUUUUCUUGGUUCUGAUGAAAGGGGAAUAUGAUUUCCAACUGAAAUGGCCUUUCCAGCAUAAGGUCACAUUCACUCUCCUGGAUCAAGUCAACAAGCAUCACGUCUCAUCCUCAUUCGUUCCCUUGGAGUCUUCCUCCUCAUUCCAGCGGCCUGUGAAUGAAACCAAUGUUGCCAGUGGCCUUCCUGAGUUCUGUCCCUUGAAUCUACUCCACCGCCCCCAGACUACCUAUAUCUGCAAUGACGUGUUAGCCAUUCAAGCAGUGAUCAACACAAAGGCUUAGGACUGGGGUGACUUUGACCCUUUGGGAAAUGGCAAUAACGGACUACUGUACCUGACAAUUGUUGAGAGACAGCUGGCUAGUUUCAAAAUGAUUGUCAAGAGAGAGAAAGAACCACUGCUUUCUUCAUGGUCUCAACUGAAGGCAGGUUUUGGAAGCAUUUCCCCCCUAACUCCCUCCCCAUAUACUCACGACAACUGUCCUGAAGAGUCAUGGUAGAACUGCAGGGUGAUAGCUCACACACAGAAAAAAGAGGCCUAGGAUUGGAUCCAAAUGAGUGUUUUUCUUAGUACAGACCCACUGCAGGGCCUUUUUGGUGGGGGCCCUUGGCCACGUCAACAUUCUUCUCUUUGAAAGCAUCAGUGAGGCCCAUAAAGCUAAGUGGGAAAUGACCCAACCAACCAACUCUGCCAGUGGCAACAGCAUCCUUUUGCCAUGAGAGCACAAGCAAAAUGGUUGUGCCUGUGGACAGUGCUGAGAAAGCAAAAACCUACUCCCAGACAAACCAUAGCCUGAUUUCUCAUUACUGUAUAUGUAUAUCCCUUUUUAAAAUCCAAGACUGGACCAUUCUUCUCAAAAUAAUGGUACAUUGGAAAGAGAUGCAGAAACUUUGGUGACAACCUACUUAUUGUCUCUGUCCUCUGGAUAAUGUCCUUUAUUCCUUAGAUGCAGCAGAACGUUGGGUCCCCAAUUGGGGGACUUGCCUUUAUUGAAAACAAAUUAUAUUCCACAAUGGGACAUCCAAGACUAUUGUUAUUAUCUGCUCUAUCUACAGAAUGGGAUCUUCUUCUGAAAGAAAUACCUAUUGGAAUACAUAAUCUUAGAAUUUGCUGACAAAAGAUAGUUUUUAAAAUAAUCUGAACACAGAAUGUAAAAGUAUUUUCUUUAGGUCAUAAACUCUUAAUAUUCUGAUGCCAAAUAUAGUUUUUUUAAAGUACUGCAUGCAUAUUUACAUUUUUCCUCAGCUGACAAGAAAAAAAUGACACAAACACACAAGAUUCUGCAUGAAGGGGGUGAGGGUCUCAAAUGAACACUCCUGACCUGAGAUCCUCAGUCUCCUAAAAGGCCCAGACCCACUAAAAUCUUGACUAACUAACUUAUAAGCAACUGCUCAUACUUAUAAAAACUUAUUAAUUUAUUGCAAAAGCUGUGUACAGAAAUAAGUGUUUUGGGUGGAAAUUUCUUCCAAUAUUUUGGCACUUCUUUGACACAUGAACAGCUGAACCUGUGGAUCUGCUGCCUGUGAUAUUGGAUGAUCCUGAGAACUUUAUCAAGAGAAAGUGGCAACUUGGCAAGCUUGCUAAACAGAAGGGAGGUUGGCGACAUGAAAAGAGGAACACAGAUGGCCAUUUGCUAAACCUGUGAUUGGAUCCUCAGAGAUACUAGCUAUGUACCCGAUGCUGGCUCUCCGUUUGGGAUUGAUGACUAGCCAGACAACAUAUAAACAGUAUAUGUAUAUAUCAACCGUGAGGCUAACAGGAAAGCAUAGACGGACACCAUCUACUGCACUUCAAGGAACGGCAAGACCAAAAUUGUUCUUCCUGUCCCCACAGUAAUUAUCUUGAAGUGUCAUAAAGGAGCUGCAUUUCCAUUCUUA